AUGGAAGAUACCAACUAUUACUUCAGCAUAACUACACAAGCGAUUGAAAGUGAAAAUGUAUCUGAAGGUUUAGUUGGUGCUCUAGAUCGCUUCUCUCAGUUCUUCAUUGCUCCUAGAUUUGAAGAAAGCAUGGCAGAACGAGAACUUCGAGCGAUUGAUUCGGAAUACAGAAACGGCAAAACGAGCGAUGCAUGGCGAAACUACCAGCUCCUGAAAUCGAUUGCUAACCAGAAACACCCUUUCUCAAACUUUGGAUGUGGAAACUAUGAGACGUUGAUGUCAGCAGGACAACCACCAAUAGAUCUCUUGAGAUUAUUCUUGAAAAAAUACUACACAACAUCAAAUAUGCGGUUAGCAGUCGUCUCUAGUGGGCCUCUCGAUUCUCUUCAAAAGGUCGUGGAAGAGACUUUCGGACAGCUUCCAUACUCCAAUCACCCUCCAAGAAGAGAGAAAUACAAUCCAAAUAGUCUCCUCUUUCCUCGCGAAAACGCGGUUUACAAUCCUAAUGAGCCAGCUUUUGGGAAGGAGCAACUUGGGAAGAUUCGAGAAGUCAUACCACUUUUGGAAAGCCGAACCCUUAAAGUACAAUUUGCUACGCCGCCUAUGGCGGAUCCUGUUCUUCGUGCAACAAGACCUCAUCGGGUUAUUUCGCACCUACUUGGGCACGAAUCCAAAGGCUCGCUUCAUUGCAUAUUGAAUGAUCUCAAUCUAAUCACAACUUUGACAAGUGGAACUGCGAUUGACGCUUCCGAUUUCUCUUUGUUCGGCCUGACCCUAUAUCUAACACCCAAAGGAAUGGAACAGAAGGACCUGAUUAUGGACCUUGUCUUCCAGUGGAUUUGUUUGAUUAGAGAUACUGCAGUGAAGAGCCCCAAACUAAUGGCAGAAUACCACAACGAGCUUCGUCAAAUUUCUGCUACUAACUUUAAGUUUCGAGAGAAUGGUGAUCCUACCGACUUCUGUUCAACAGCUGCUGAAUUGCUCUUUGACGAUGGACGACCAAAUGAAAUAUUGGCCAGUGGCUCUUUGGUCAAAGACUAUGACCCGCUCAUUGCCAAUGCUUUCUUGGAACGUCUGAGCCCUGAAAAUGCAAUGGUGACAAUCAUUAACUCGGCGAUUGACGAAGAAGAUCAUGACGAUUGGAAUAUAGAACCACGGUAUGGUGCAAAAUAUCGCGAAUACGAGAUGCCCACCGAAAAGUUGGGACAAUGGAAAUCAAGCGAAGCGAAUGGAAAUUUAAAACUUCAUUUACCCGACUUGAACAGAUACAUUCCCACCGACUUCUCGUUACGAUGCGACGAUGAUGGACAAAAUCAAGUCAUGAGCAUUUCCGACAAGGAUGAGUGUCGACGGGCGGCACCUGUUCUCAUUGAACAAGGGCCCAACUUCAAAUUUUACCACAAGUUGGAUCGCUUCUGGCGUGUCCCAAAAUCUUUCAUUCGCGUGUCAAUUGUUUCUCCCGAAGCAUACUCGUCGCCUAGAUCGAUGACAUUGUCAAGAAUUUAUGAACGAGUUUUGAAUGAUGAUUUAAACUCAUUUCUAUAUGACGCCAGCCUUGCUGGAUGCAGCUACAGGCUAAGCUGCACGCCCUCGGGUUACAAGGUCAGCAUGAAAGGAUACUCUGAAAAGUUGGUUUUUCUUUUCGAUACGCUGACUAGUAGGAUGUUAAGUCUACUUGAUGAAUUGGAAGCAGGAAAAGAUACGAACCCUGCAUUAUCUUCCAAGUUCGAAAAAGCUAAAGAGAGUCUGUUGCGAGAAACGAAAAACUACCGCCUGGAUGCUCCUCAUGAAGUAGCGAACUACAAUUCCAGGUUACUGCUAGAAGAGAAUGUAUGGUUCCUUGAUGAAUAUAUUGAUGAAAUGGAGCGUGAUGAUGCUCAUAACAAACCGUUGAAAAUGGAAGAGUGCGGUGAGACUGUCCGCAAAGGAUUGAAUGGACGUCUGAAGUUGAGCUCCCUCUGCAUUGGUAACAUUGACGAAGAAAGUGCCAAAAAAGUUGGAGGCAUAAUUUCACAGCGAUUCUUGAAUCCUUCAAGGGUACUUCGCGAUUCUGAGGCACCUAUCUUCAAAUCCGUGCGAUUACCAACACGAGAUGAGGCCAUCUUGAUUUUUGGUCAGAACGUUGCAGGUGAAUCAAUCCCUGUAAAAGUUCAAGAACUUGCUCGUAGUCCGUCGGAGGAGAAUUGUGCUGUCGAAGUGACGUUCCAGGCUGGUUGCGAUUUGACGUUGGGAUACGAAGGUAUCGGGAUUAUUGAUCUAAUCAGUCACCUGGCGUAUCUCUCGGCGUACAACAAACUGAGAACGCAGGAACAAUUGGGUUACAUCGUGAGUGCGUUCACCCGCAAGACUGCUGGCUCUUCUUGGGGUCUCUCCGUUGUUGUCCAAAGUAGCAACUCCUCCCCAUUGGUUCUUGAAGAUCGCAUUGAAAAUUGGCUUCAACUGUUUCGGCGGGAAUUGGAGGACAUGACUGUGGAAGCCAUUGCAAUGGAAGCGCGGGGAAUGGUUGGACAGCUGCUCGAAGAGAAUACAAGACUAUCUCAGGAGGUCGGAUCGGUAUGGGGCGAAAUUGUUGCAACUGAUACUUGUCAUGAGGCAAUAUCUCCUGUUUUUGAUCGGCUGAAGAGACUUUCAGAUGAACUGGUUCUCACCACUGAGGAACCAUCGGAAAGAACCAAGAACGGAAAUCCUAGAAAGUCUCCCGAGCAAUUGAAGAAGGCGUUGCUUGAUUUUUUUGAUAAGUACUAUGCAACUGAUGCUCCUGAAAGGCGUGUUGUAUCCUCAAGAGUGUACAGUCGUUCAAUGAAGGACGAGUAUGAAUCUACCUCUGCGCAGGCUGGUGUAUUGUCAUCUUAUUCCAGUAUACGGUACUUCAAAAAUCACUUGUCAACAUGGCCCAUUAUAGCAUACUGGCGGGAAAAAAUCGAAGAUAAUCAAGCAUAG